CACUGCUGCUCCGGGGGGCUGACCUGGCGGGGAGUGGCCGCGCAGUCCGCUCCGGCGCCGCUUUGUGCGCGCAGCCGCUGGCCCCUCUACUCCCGGGUCUGCCCCCCGGGACACCCCUGCCCCGCCCAAGUCAUGCAGCUCUACCUGCCUCUCCGCUGUGGACCUUUGGGAAGCAGCUGCCCACCCCGGGGGCUCGGGCCCUGACCGUGCCGCGAGCGGGUAGGUGUCCGCCCGGGAGCCGCCUGCGCCCCUCGCGCCCGCCGGCCGGGUCCCUAAGCUCCAAAGUUGUGGGUUCGAGCGCCAGUUGGAAAGUUUGCCCGCGGGCUGGUGCCGGCGUGGAGCAGGCGGACCCGCGCUGCCCUGGGAGCCCGAGCCGGCCAGUGACCAAAACCUUGUGUGACUGCGCUCAACAGCAUUAUAUCCAGAUUCUCCUCAGAAGUGAGACUUUCCAAAGGACCAAUGACUCUGUUUCCUGUGCCCUUUCAUUUUUCCCCACUCUGUAGCUAUGUCUCGAUCUCGCCAUGCAAGGCCUUCCAGAUUAGUCAGGAAGGAAGAUGUAAACAAAAAGAAAAACAGCCAGCUGAAGAAGUCGUCCAAGCCCGCCAACAAACACGUGGCAUCGGUCAAGACUUUAAGCCCAGGAAAAUUAAAGCAAGUAAUUCAAGAAAGAGAUGUUAAGAAGAAAACAGAUCCUAAGCCACCUAUGCCAGUCAGAAGCCUCCUUACAAGAGCUGGCGCAGCACGCAUGAAUUUGGAUAGGACUGAGGUUCUUUUUCAGAACCCAGAGUCCUUAACUUGCAAUGGGUUUACAAUGGCUCUCCGAAGCACCUCUCUUAGCAGGCGACUCUCCCAACCCCCAGUGGUCAUAGCCAAACCCAAGAAAGUUCCACCUUCUAAGGGUUUAGAAAAGCAACGUGAUUGUGAUCAUAAGGUACUCACUGACAUGGGAGUAAAGCCCUCGGAAAAUGAUUCAGUCCCAAUGCAAGAUACCCUAAUCUCUCCUACUAUAGAUAAUCUAAUCUGUGUACAAACUACAUCUUUAGUUAAAGGUGAGAGUCAAGAGACCAGCCAGUCUUGGUCCCAAAGGGUUGAGGAUUCCAAAAUCAAUAUCCCCACUCGCAGCGGCCCUACAGCAGAGAUCCUUUCUGGGCCCCUGGAAGGGACAUGUUGUGAUGGACUAUUCUCUGAAGAGACAUGGAAUGAUACCAGUGGUUCCCCUAGAAUGUUUGCUCAGGACACUAUGUGUGCUCCUUUACCCCAAAGAGCAGAUCCCAAAGUUACCUCUCAAAGAAACCCCGGCAUUCAGUUAGAAGACUUGGGUUCACGAGUAGAAUCUCUUAAGUUGUCUGAUUCUUACCCGGAUCCUAUCAAAAGUGAGUAUGAUUGCUGUCCCACCUCCAGUUUUAAUAAGGUUAUACCUGAAUCAAACCUUAGAAACUGCUUGUCUAUUGGUGGGUCCACAUAUCCUACCUCUGUAAUAAAAUUCUUCUUGACAGGCUCAGAACAAGAAAUCCUUGGUGCUAAUCCAGAUCAUCAAGAGGCCUUCAAAGCUACUGCAGAUCAACAGGAAGUUCCUGAUACCACCUCUGUCCUAGGACAAGCCUUUGGUGCUAUCCCACAUCAAUGGGAAUUUCCUGGUGCUAACCCAAUUCCUGGUGAGGCCCUGGGUGAGACCCCAGACCCAUCAGAGAUUCCUGGUGCUAUUCCAGUCCAAGGAGAGGUCUUUGGUACUAUCUUAAACCAACAAGAAACCCUCAGUGUGGGUGGGGGUGCUGUUCCAGACCUGCCUAUCUUCCUUCCUGUUCCUCCGAUCACAACUGCUACCUGUAAUGCUCCUCCCAAAUGGCCUGAGCCCAAGAGCACUGUCUCAGGUGGGCUUGAGGUCCAGGGUGCUAUGCAUAUUUUGCCUUUGGGCUCAGGACACACUCCUCAAUCAUCAUCAAACUCAGAGAUAAGUUUGGUACCUCCAGUAAUGGCUAUAAGCAAUGUAGAAAAUGAGAAGCAGGUUCAUAUAAGCUUUCUGCCAGCUAACACUCAGGGGUUCACAUUAGCCCCUGAGAAAGGGCUCUACCACACUUCGCUGGGUGUUGCCCAACUCUCCCAGGCUAGUCCCAGCAAAUCAGAAAGAGAGAGCUCCCAGGUCAGCACGACCAGCGUGGUUGAUGUUGUCAGCACCACCGUGGUAUCAAUGCCAGUGUCACUCUCUAGUACCUCCUCUGCUUCCUACACAACUUUGCUACCUACUUUGGAAAAGAAGAAACGAAAGCGAUGUGGGGUCUGUGAACCCUGCCAGCAGAAAACCAACUGUGGUGAAUGUACUUACUGCAAGAACAGAAAGAACAGCCAUCAGAUCUGUAAGAAGAGGAAAUGUGAGGAGCUGAAAAAGAAACCAUCGGUCAUUGUGCCUUUAGAGGUUAUAAAGGAAAACAAGAGGCCCCAGAGGGAAAAGAAGCCCAAAGUUUUAAAGGCAGAUUUUGACCACAAACCAGUAAAUGGCCCCAAGUCAGAAUCCAUGGACUACAGUAAAUGUGGUCAUGGGGAAGAACAAAGAUUGGAAUUGAACCCAAAACCCCUUGAAAAUGUAGCUAAAAAUGAAGAAAGCAUGACAGGUAUUGAAGUGGAAAAGUGGACGCAAAACAAGAAAUCACACUUAAUUGAUCAUGUCAAAGGAGAUUUUGGUGCUAAUGUGACAGAAGCUGAAAAAUCAGAAAACUCUGAAAUUGACAAGAAACAAAACAAACCUCCACAAUUGUUUAUACAAACUGUAAGAAAUGGCAUUAAAAAUGUACACUAUUUACCAACUGAAACAAAUGUGUCAUUUAAAAAAUUCAGUAUUGAAGAAUUGGGCAAGGCAUUUGACAACAAUUCCUAUAAAUUACUAAAAGACACUGCAAACCAUAACAAUGCCAUGAGCUCUAUUGCUACUAGUGCGAGCUGUGAUCAUCUCAAGGGGAGGAGUAAUGUGUUAGUCUUCCAGAAGCCUGGCUUUAACUGUAAUUCUAAUCCAGAUUCUUCAAACGUCCAUAAAAACAGUCACACUAGUACACACAAUGAAGGCGAUCAACCAAAAACUCCUGACAAUAUGCCAAGUAAAGAACCAAAAGAUGGGUCUCCAGUUCAAGCAGGAAUUUUAUCCUUAAUGAAAGAUAGGAGAUUAACACUGGACCAAGUGGUAGCCAUAGAGGCCCUGACUCAACUCUCAAAAGCCCCAUCAGAGAAUUCCUCACCAUCAAAGUCAGAGAAAGAUGAAAGCUCAGAGCUGAGAACACCUCGAUUGCUUAAUAGCAGCCAUACAGCUUUCUGUGAUGUUGGAAAAGACCUUCAAGACCCAAACAUACAGGGAGAGCCACCAAACCUUCAUCACUGUCCAUCUUUGGAAAAGCAAAGUUCCUGCAACAUAGUGGUAUUCAAUGGCCAAAAUACUCUUUCCAACUCACAUAUCAGCUCAGCUACUAACCAAGCAUCCACAACAUCACAUGAAUACUCAAAAGUCACAAAUUCAAUACCUCUUAUACCAAAAACAAAUUCAUCCAAGACUGACACCAGUAAAAAUAUUGCUAAAGGUAGGAUUACUUUUGACAGUUGUUCCAAGAUUUUGCAUCAGUCCCCACCAAGAAGUAAUAAAUCGGGGUAUUGUAAUGAGUUACUGGACAAAAGUAAAAAUUUGGACUCAGAUGUAUUGUGUCAGGAUGCAGCCCAUACUCAAAUUGAGGAAGAUGUUGCAACACAACUAACACAACUUGCUUCAAUAAUUAAAUCUACUAAUACAAAUCCAGAGGGCAAAAAACUUGAAAGUAAUAACCAUGCACAGCAAAAAUAUAGUCAGGAAAAGGGCUUAAUACAACAUAAACCACCUUCAAGUGUACAAAAUAAUGGCUCAUCAUUAACAAAGCAAAAGAAUACAACCCAGAAAAAGACAAAAUCCACCCCAUCAAGAGAUCGGCGGAAAAAGAAGCCUAUAGUUGUAAGUUGUCAAGAAAAGCAUCAGCAAAACCAGAAAAAGUCUUAUCAGUAUCGUCAGUUACAUGACAUUUGGAUAGGAUCCAGAUUUCAAAGAUAUGGGCAAUUUUAUUCACCUGUUUUUCCUCCCCUUUUGGGAGAAAUUCCACCCAUAACCACAAUGUGCAAACCACUGGCUCCAAAAAGUUCAACCAUACAAGACAAAAAAUUCUUUCCUCCAAUAACUCAGAUAAAAUUUGAGAGGUAUACAGAAUUAGCACAGGAAAAAAUGGUGAAGGUUGAACCACUGGAUUCUCUUACCUUAAUUCAUUUUAAAAUGGAAUCCAAUGGGCAGGCGUUUACAGAUAAAGCUUAUAAUUCUCAGGAACAGUCAACAGUGAAUGUCAAUCAGAAAGCUCACCCUUCGACCCAGCCCUCCUCUCCACCUAGCCAGUGUGUUAAUGGGAUGGCUGGUGAUGACCAAAUACAGUUGCAACAAGAUGUUAAGGAGCAACUCAUGCAUCAGAGACUGCCAACAUUGCCAGGUAUCUCUCAAGAGACACCCUUACCGGACCCAGCACAAAUUCUCAGGAAUGUAAAUGUAGUGUGUUCAGGUGGAAUUACAGUGGUUUCUACCAAAAGUGAAGAGGAAGUCUGUUCAUCUAGCAUUGUCGGAUCAGAAUUUUCCCCAGUAGACAGCACACAGAAAAGUUUUAAUGAUUAUGCCAUGAACUUCUUUACUAACCCAACAAAAAACCUGGUGUCUAUAACUAAAGAUUCUGAACUACCCACCUGUAAAUGUCCUGCUCGAGCUAUACAAAAAGACAAAGGCCCAUAUUAUACACACCUUGGGGCAGGACCAAGUGUUGCUGCUGUCAGGGAAAUCAUGGAGAAUAGGUAUGGUCAAAAAGGAAAUGCAAUAAGGAUAGAGAUAGUAGUGUAUACUGGGAAAGAAGGCAAAAGCUCUCAUGGGUGUCCAAUAGCUAAGUGGGUUUUAAGACGAAGCAGUGAUGAAGAAAAAGUUCUUUGUUUGGUCCGGCAGCGUACUGGCCACUGCUGUCCAACAGCGGUGAUGGUGGUGCUCAUCAUGGUAUGGGAUGGCAUUCCUCUUCCCAUGGCUGACAGAUUGUACACGGAGCUUACUGAGAGUCUAAAGUCAUACAACGGUCAUCCCACAGACCGAAGAUGCACCCUCAAUGAAAAUCGUACCUGUACAUGUCAAGGAGUUGAUCCGGAGACUUGUGGAGCUUCAUUCUCUUUUGGCUGUUCAUGGAGUAUGUACUUCAAUGGCUGUAAGUUUGGUAGAAGCCCAAGCCCCAGAAGAUUUAGAAUUGAUCCAAGCUCUCCCUUGCACACCUACUAUGAAAGAAUUACUAAAGGACGUAAUCCAGAAAGAAGAUAUGUGAAACCGGAACGAAUCUGUCCGGGACACGAGGCCAUGGAAAAAAACCUUGAAGAUAACCUACAGAGUUUGGCUACACAAUUAGCUCCUAUUUAUAAGCAGUAUGCUCCAGUUGCUUACCAAAAUCAGGUAGAAUAUGAAAAUGUUGCCCGAGAAUGUCGGCUUGGCAGCAAGGAAGGUCGUCCUUUCUCUGGGGUCACUGCUUGCCUGGACUUCUGUGCCCAUCCCCACAGGGACAUUCACAACAUGAGCAAUGGAAGCACUGUGGUUUGUACUUUAACACGAGAAGAUAACCGCUCAUUGGGUGUUAUUCCUCAAGAUGAGCAGCUCCAUGUGCUACCUCUUUAUAAACUUUCAGACACAGAUGAGUUUGGCUCAAGGGAAGGAAUGGAUGCUAAGAUCAAAUGUGGGGCUAUUGAGGUCCGCGCACCCUGCCCCAAAAAAAGAAAACGUUUCACUCAGCCUAUUCCUCGUUCUGGGAAAAAGAGGGCUGCAAUGAUGACAGAGGUUCUGGCACAUAAGAUAAGGGCAGUUGAGAAGAAACUCAUUCCUAGGAUCAAGCGGAAGAAUAACAGCACCACGACAACGAACAACAGUAAGGCUUCCUCACUGCCACUCUUAGGGAAUAAAACUGAGACGGUGCAACCUGAAAUAAAAAGUGAAACGGAACCCCAUUUUAUCUUUAAAGGUUCAGAAAACACUAAGAGCUAUUCCCUGAUGCCAUCCACUCCUCACCCGGCAAAGGAGGCAAACCUAUCUCCAGGUCUCUCCUGCUCCCCAAAGACUGCUUCAGCCACCACAGCUGCAUUGAAGAGUGAUGCAACAGCCUCGCAGGGGUUUCCAGAAGGAAGUAGCACACCCCACUGCACGACGCCUCAUGGAAGCCACAGCGGUGCCAAUGCAGCUGCUGGGGAAUGCACUGGAAUUGCACAGCCUGGUGAAGUGGCUCCUCUUCCUGCCCUAUCUGCACCUGUGACGGAUUCCUUGGUGUAUGCUGAGCCUCCCACUGGUCCACUUGAGCAGAUAACUUCUCAUCAGCCAAACCAGCAGCCCCCAAUCCUCACAUCCCCUCAUGAACUUGCUUCCUCUCUGCUAGAAGAGGAUGAGCAGCAGCACUCUGAAGAUGAGCCCCCGUCAGAUGAGCCCCUCUCUGAAGACCUGGUGUCGCCUGCUGAAGAGAAGUUGCCCCACAUUGAUGAGUAUUGGUCAGACAGCGAGCACAUCUUCUUGGAUGCCAAUAUCGGCGGGGUGGCAAUAGCGCCUGCACACGGCUCGGUGUUAAUUGAGUGUGCCCGGCGGGAGCUUCAUGCUACGACUCCUGUCGAACACCCAAACCGUAAUCAUCCUACUCGCCUCUCCCUUGUUUUUUACCAGCACAAAAACCUGAAUAAGCCCCAACAUGGUUUUGAACUAAACAAGAUUAAGUUUGAGGCUAAAGAAGCUAAGAAUAAGAAGAUGAAAGCCUCAGAGCAAAAACACCAGGCAGCUAAUGAGGGUCCUGAACUGUCCUCUGAAGUAAAUGAAUUGAACCAAAUUCCUUCUCAUAAAGCAUUAACAUCAACCCAUGACAAUGUCGUCACCGUGUCCCCUUAUGCUCUCACACAUGUUGCAGGGCCCUAUAAUCAUUGGGUCUGAAGGCUUUUCUCCCCUUCUUAAUGCCUUUGGUAGUGCAGUGUAUUUUUUCAAGGUGCUGUUAAAAGAAAGUCUUGUUGUGGUUUACUAUAUCUUCAUCUCACCCAUUUCAAGUCUGAGGUAAAAAAAAAAAAAAUGGGGUGGGUAUUCUUAACUGUGACUAUAUUUUGACAAUUGGUAGAAGGUGCACAUUUUAAGCAAAAAUAAAUGUUUUAUAGUUUUAAAUACAUAAAAGAAAUGUUUUGGUUAGGUGUUAACCUUGAUAGAAUCACUCAGUUUGGUGCUUUAAAUUAAGCCUGUUUACUAUGAAACAAGAGUCAUUUUUAGAGGAUUUUAACAGGUUCAUGUUCUAUGAUGUAAAAUCAAGAUAAACAGUGUUAACUCUACACAGCUCCUGGUGCUUAACCACAUCGACACAGUUAAAAAUAAGCUGAAUUAUUAUUUCAUGGUGCCAUUGUUCCAACAUCUUCCAAUCAUUGCUAGAAAAUCGGCAUAUUCCUUUGAAAUAAAUGUAUGAAAUGUUUUCUCUCUUAAAAUAUUUCUCCUGUAUAAAAUAACUCAUUAUUGUUAGUAAUGGUUGGAGGCUGUUCAUAAAAUUGUAAAUAUAUAUUUUAAAAGCACUUUCUAUUUUUAAAAGUAACUUGAAAUAAUAGAGUAUAAGAAUCCUAUUGUCUAUUGUUUGUGCAUAUUUGCAUACAAAAGAAAUCAUUUAUCCUUGCUGUGUAGAGUUCCAUCUUGUUAAGUGCAGUAUGUAUUCCAAUCAUAUAUAUGGUUUGUUUCCUUUCACAUUCAAAUAUUAGCAACUUACAGUAUAUAAAAUAGUUAGCUAAUGCAAAAAUUGUAAAUUAUGUCUAAAAUUGAAAUUAGGAAAAGUAUCACCAAUAUUGAUUAAUAUUUUCUUUGAAACUAAGUAACGGGGGGGGGGGUCUCUUCUGGCUUAUUGAGCAACAAUGGCCUCAAUUUACUUUCAUCCCAGCUUUCUCAGUAUGACCCAUGAAAGGUGUUUACAAAAGGAGAUGAUGGGACAGAAUAGGUUUAAGAAGAAUCAAAUGCUUCUACUGUUUGAAGGUGAUGAAAUGUAAAAUUAAGUAGCCAGAACUUCACCCAUCCCAAAUUGCCUUAUUUGUUCUGAAAGUCUGAUUUAGAAUAAGAAAAAAAUUCCUGUAGAAAUCUUUUUAAAACAAAUUUCCUAUUGUCAUCACAUAUCUAUCCUCCACCCAGACUCCAGUUAAACAGUAGAAAUGGCUUUGUCCAUUAAGAGCUAAUCCAUUAAUUUACCUUAUUUAUAGGCCUAUUAUAUUUGGAAAAAUCAUAACUCAUCUUCUCUGAUAAUUGCCUAUGUUCUAGAUAACAGGAACAUAGACAUUCUAUUUAUUUUAGUCUGUCCAUUAUUUUUUCCCUUUGCUUUAUUGACUCAAUUAAGGUAAAACAAAAAAGAUUACCCAAACAACAUGUUUAGAACAAGAAGAACUUUCAAUGAAAUACUUGAUUCUGUUAAACUGCAGAGGUGCUAUAACAUUCACAGUGUCAGAUUCCUUGGGAGUAUGGAAAACCUAAUGGUGCUUCUCCCUUGGAAAUGCCAUAGGAACCCGACAACCGCUAACACUCAAAAUUUUGGUGCAAAAGCAAACAGUUCCAGUAAGCUCUCUAAAGAAAAACAUGUUGUAACUUAUUAAUAUUAAAAAAAUAUAUAUUGUGCAAAGUAUCAGUUUCAAGCUUUUGACUAAUCCAAGUAAAGGAAUAUGAAGGGAUUGUAAAUAACAAAAUGUCCAUUGAUAGACCAUCAUCUUGUACAAGUAGAUUUCUGCUUCUUGAAUAUGUAAAAUAGGGUAAUUCAUUGACUUGUUUUAGUAUUUUGUGUGCCUUAGAUUUCCGUUUUAAAACAUGUAUAUUUUUGUGAGCCUAAGGUUUCUUAUACAUAUAAGUAUAUAAAUAAGUGAUUGUUUAUUGCUUCAGCUACUUCAGUAAGAUAUUUACUAGUAUUAGACUAUCAGGAAUACACCCUUGUGAUAUUAGGUUUUAGAUUUUUAGGCCUUAGCUCCCACUAGAAAUUAUUUCCUCACCAGAUUUAAUGGAUAAAGUUUUAUGGCCCUUUAUCCAUCCACCCAUCUGUUCAUUCUUCCACUCUACACUUAUUGAAUACCUGAAAAUUUUAAGUACCGUUUUUGUUUUUCUUUGCAUUUUUUAUUUGUUCUUUUUGGUUUUAUUUUGUUUUGAUUUUAAAGGCUAGUCAAAUAAAGCAGUGGGAGCGGGGAAGGAAUAAAGAAAUCUAUAACUGUUUAUGAUCAAUGAGUUGUAAACACCACUGCAUUCUUACCAGCCACUUUUGUUUUUCUUUGAAUCACCUCCUAUGAUAUAAUAAACUUGAAGAAUUAAAAUUCUAAAAGAUACCCUUAUAAACAUUUUUAAAAGAAAUGGCAAAUUACCUUCAAAAAAUCCAUGGUAAUAUAUCUGUCAUAAUUCAAAUAAAUUUGUCUCUAACAUUAAAGAAGUUUCUCAAUAAUCUAAACUUUAAAUACCAAUGUUAAUUUUCGGGACUAAUGGGAUUUGUGAAACUUGUUGCAGCUUGCCAAAACAAGUAUAUGAAAAUAUCUAGUCUCAGCUAAAAUGUUUCCAUUCCAUUGUUAUAAUUAACAUCAUGAAUGGACUGCCUAACCUGAUUAUUCCUUUGUGGGAACCACAUUGGAUUCCUACUUCGUUGGACUAUAUUUCCUAAUUUUAACAAUUUACCAUCCCAUUCUCUGAUUUUAAAACAGCUUAUGCUUCUUCAAUGUUCUGCCACAUUGUGAUUGUAUGCUGGCUACAUUGCUUUUAGAAUGCUCUUUCUCAUUGAAACAAGGAAAUAAAUUUGUUUGAAAUGACAAUUUCACUCAUAAAACUGGUCAUCUAACAUUAUUUCUUCCCCUCUAUUUUGUUUUACUGUGAUAAUCAUCUUAUAUCUGUUGCCUAGGAUUCAAAUUGGGUUUUAAAUCUUCUGCCUUUGUCCAUGGUAUGAUCAUUGAAUUCAUUGAUACAUGACCUCCAAGGUAGCCCAUCCAGUUUAUAUAAUAUGCUACAAAGUUACCGACCAUGAGAGAAUAACUUCUGACUAUGAUAGAAUCCUACAAUAUACCAUGCUGCCCCUCAAAAUUCCAUUUCUAAUGGCUGUUAGGCCAUUGUUGAAAUUUCUUGUAUUUGUCAGCUUCACCUACAUCUUCUUUCCAAUUCAUCCGCAAAGUACCAAAUGAACCAUGUCAUAAACAUAAUUCAAAUAUAUUAUUGGAAAGUGAAGCUGACUGAAAAUGUAUAGCUGUAGGUAAAAUAUCGCAACAUGUUUAUCUCUUAUAUAACUUUCCAACAUCUUUGUUAUUCAAUCUGCAUGUGGAUGAAAUUUUUUAAAAUACAGAACGUCAGCUAGAUAAAAUCCAUAAGCAAUUUACCUAAGACAUAAUCCCAGUACAUAUUUAAUUGAAUGCAUACCCUGUGUAAAUGAGCCACUGUCUUAAUUUACAUGAAGUAACUUACUUUCUAACAUUAUUACUCCAGGGGACUCCUGCUGAUUAUCAUUUCACAAUAGCAUGUAUGAGAGUGACCCUAAACUACUCUUUUUAAAACAAAAAUUAUAUUGACUUUUUAAUCUGAGACAAAGUUAUGACAUUAUUGCAUGACAAUUUCCACCAACAAUGGGCACAGCAUUUAGUUUGCAUGUGCCAGCUAAAUCAGUAGCUGUAUGCAACCUUUAAUAUAUAGUUACCUUCAAUUUCACACCUUAAUGCAUGGAAAUCUUUUUUUUUUUUUUGUCUCAACCUAAUACAAUGGUGAGUUUUGAUCUUUUGUAGAAAUUUACUGCAAAAGAAUUGUGAAAUAAGGUAAUAUGGUAGUGGCCUCUCACAAUUGUGACAGCCACCUUAGAAGUCUCAGUUCAAUAACUGGGCUCCAUAGAGCAGAUGUUAAUGUCAGUUUGUAACUAUGAUUAUAAUUAGACUUUAAGCAGAUGAAGGCCACUUUGUGUUUAAGAGAACUGAAGGAAAACUUGAUUCUCUCACCCAGAGGGUAUUUUAUCACUGAGAAAAAAAACAAAUUUCAAAUGCUUAUAUAGUAUAAGCUUUCAAUUCCCCUGGAACUUGUAUUAAGCAUGUAUAAGGAGUUACAAAGAGUGGAUUUCUAAGCAAUUAAAGAAAGCAUAUUUCCACUGUAUAUACUACCUAGCCAUGAUUGUACAGUCCAUUCACGCCCCUUUCCUAGUUGGCCUCACAAGUAAGUCCCUGCAUAGUUUAUUUUGAUGUGGUUGUUGACAUGUAUUGGAAUACUGUUUUGUUGUGCAUAGCUCCUAAACUUCCCCAUAAGUGUGCUGAACUUGUAAUUGUAACACCAGUCAUAUCACUUAACUGAGUGAUGUAAUCAGUACCUGAUUGCUGAUGGGAUCUGGAUUUAUCCAAAUUAAAUUGUGCUCCAUGUUGAGCUUUUUGCUAACAGCUUUAGAAAAUGAUGUCAUCCAUGGCUCUGGAAUGCAAUCAGAAAGUCAGAAUCAGUAUGUCCUUCAUGAGAAGCGAAAUUUGUGUAUUUUUGAAUGUAUUGAGAUUCAUUGGCAUGUUUUUGGUUCUCUUAUGUGUGUAAAAAUAGAAACCGAAUUCCUCUGCUAAUUUCUGAGACUUUAGAGCUGGCAUUUCUGCAGGACAUCACUAUUUUGGUCCUGGUUGAACUUUACAAACUUGUAUUCUCUGCCUUCCAGUAUCUGGAUGACUUUAUUUUGAUCCCUGUUUCAUUUGGGCUCCUGAUCAAAUACCACUGUUUGUUUCAGAAGGCAUAUAUUUUACUGCCUCAAGCAAUCCAAAGGUAUUCCUUAUUUUGCCACGCCUCAUUUUCACUUUAUUUUUAAGGGCCUUAUAGUGUGUUCAAAUUUCUCUUUUGGUAAUAUGCGAUAUUUAAUAUUUCUUUUUUCAUAAUAUUUAAUAUUUUUAGCUCUAAAAUUCCAUCAUUAAUCUUUUCCUUGUUGACUGUACUCCUUUCCCACCCUUACUGCAAAACCCUGAUCCUGCCUGGGUCGUAAGUUUUCUGGUUCGUUCACCUGUAGAUGUGCCCUAUGUUAAAGCAAAACUUCAUCUGAGAUAGGAAUAUAAAACAUUAGCUGAUGUAACCCAUUUAUGUUUAGUACAGCUUUGAAAACACUUGGUUAACAAUAUAAACCUAGUUUUCCUAAAAAUAGAAAUUUUGUCCCUAGCAACUAUUAUGUAAGGCAUUCUCUCUUAUCCUGUUCUUAAGAAAGAAAUCUUGCAGCCAUGAGAAAGAUUUUCAUUUUAGGGGAAACAGUAUUGGAAAGUAAUUUGGUUUCUUCCCCAUUUGGCAAAGUAUGAAGCUUAUAAUCCUUAACCAGCAACUCUACUUGUUAUUUUUAUUUUCUCAUUUUACUGAAGCUGCAGUGUGACUAGGUGCACUUUCAUUUUUUUUUUUAAGUUUUAAUUUUUUCCCCGAUUGUCUUUAAAAUUAUCUAUUGCUUCCUCAUUUCUCUGUCCUGUCUCCAUUAUCCAGAUCCUCUACCUGAAUAAACAUAGUUCAUUUUAAGAAGAGCAGUGAUCUUGAUCAAGUUGUCUUUUACUGUCUUUUAAAACAAUGUCUCAGAAGUCCUUUUAGGUAUAAUGCCAUAAAGAAUCAAGAGCUUUCAUUCAACUCUUUUCAGGUAUAGGCAGAUUCAGUUUUUAGGAGUAGGUAAGUAGUCACAAGACCACAGGUUAAUAAUCUGAAUGCUCUCCCCCAAUAAUGUUUAACUCUUUUUAUUAGUGUUUGAGUGUUUUAUAAAAAACUCUAUAAGAUGUUAAAUACUCUUAAGUCUAUUUCUGUAUGGCUUUGUUAUUUCUAAUGUAAAUAAAUAUAUCCCUUUGGAAUUCUUUGGUUGUUGGCAAUAAUAGGAGCUAUUCUAUAAUCUAGAUGAGAAAGGUUAAAAAAUGAACUGAAAGUAAUUGGAAGAGGGAAUAUGAAAGCCAUCAGAUGCUGUGUUUUGAGCAUAAUAAAGGGAAAUUAAGGGACAGAAAGGAAGGAGAAUUGUGCUCCUAUCAGUAAUCUGAGGGUUUACUAGCUCAAAAGCAAGAAAUACUUUUAAUAUUUCUUCUGUCUACUCCACAAUAAUUUUAUCUGGAAAAUUGCUGAAAAAUGAGGAACCAUUUUGAAAGCAAAUAUGAUAGUAAUAAAAAGUAUAAUCCUUAUACUUUAUGAUGUUUUAGGUUAUCAAGCUGCUUUACAAUGUACAACUUUUUCUCCCCAAUACUUAGGGUUAGACAGAGAACAUUGUUCCUAUAGGUGAAGAACCUGUAAAUGUCAAGAAUAGCAAAUGGCUUGCUCCAAGUAACACAGCAAGUCAACCAAUCUGAGACAAACUUUUAAUAUCUGCAGACUGCUAAAUGCAUUUCUGUACCAUGAGCAAUGACUGAGUGUUAUUGAGUAGAAAAUUUGUCAAACCUGAUCUGAGCAUAAUAUAAAAUAUUAUUUGUAAAACAUGCUUAAGUAUUUUGUUUCCAUUAUUAAUUUAGCCAGCUAUUAUUCUCUUCAUGCAUACUAAGGAAGGUCUCCCCAAAUUCCCCAAUUUCUCCAUUAAGGUUUAGAUUUAUGAAGUUUUCUAUUUUUUUCCUCCUUAAAAAAAGCUCUUUCUAUAAAGAUCAUCCCUCUAUGACUGAAACAGGGGAAAUCACCUAAAUAAUAUCUUUUAAAAAAAUAUUGCUUUAAAAAAGACUAAGGUCAGCACAUCACAAUCAAAGUUUCAUGUAUUAGUUAUGUUGAAAUGCAGACUUCUUAAAGAAAAUGUGCUAGGUAAACAUCAUAGUUCCCAGCCCCUUGUGGUAAAAAUGCAAACUUCUUGUCAGCAUCUCUAAAAGAGAGUACUGUCUCCCACUUAUUUGAAUUUGUUUUGUUUUGUUUUGUUUUGUUUUGUUUGUCCUGCUUUGUUUCCAGUCAAGUAAAAUCUUUGGGUCAAAGGAUGAACAUACCUUUGCCCAGAGACUUAAGAAAAAUAAUGAGAUAUAUUUGUAAAGUUUUUAGUAACCUCUUUAUAGAUAUGAAUAUGAGCAUAUUAAUAUCUAUGAAGAAGCAGGUUAUUUUGGCUAUCCCAUUAGCACAUUCUGGGUCACAAUAAAAAAAAAAAAAAUAGGCCAAACAGCUCUAAAUACUCAAAUUCCCCCUCUGGUGAUUGAAUUCAGUAACUGCCUAUCUUCGUCAAUGCCUGUUUGUGCUAUGAUAAAAUGGCCGACAACUAGGACUUUACAAAAAUAGCUCUUUAAAAAGAAAGAUUAAAUAUUUUUUAUUGCAAUAUAUGUUCAUUUUUUUAACUUUUAUGAGAUAACAUUGUGAUAGGUGCUUUAAGAGAAAAAUAUUUUUCCAGAAAUGGUUUAUAAUAAAAACUAAUGGCAGCUUUUGCAUUGUGAUGUAUGGAUGGAUUGUCAUAUUUGGAUUACUAAGAAAUCCUGAAGUGUUCCCUAACGAAAGACUUGCAAAACUACUAAGUAAGAAGAAAACAUCAAUUUCUAGUUUGUUUAUUUUCUCUCAUGCUAUAUGGUUAUCUACCAAGUAAAUUUACCUUGGUUCAAAGGAGAAGCCAGAAUGCUUAUCAUUGAUGGGAGUAAAAUAUUCAUAGAUUCUUCACCAUGGUGAAAUAGAGUUGUGCUGAAUUCCCAAUAUAGAAACACCAAUUUUAUAGGUUAAUAUUCCUAUCUUCUUCCUGACUUCUUUCUCUCAUUGGGGUAUAUUUACUAUUUAUUUUUUUCCCUUUGAUUUUUUUGCUUGGAGGAUUUAUUUUUACCUAUUGCCGUCCUACUGUAUUAAAUAUUCUAUACAAUGAAAUAACUUAGCAACGAAAUGCUUUUAAAACUCCACAAAUGUCCAUUUUUAAUUUUUAACACAAGCGGGAAACAGUUUAAAGAAAAAGCACUUCACCAUGUAGAAGGGAAACAGAUAAUUAUGAUGAUUUCAAUUCAUGAUCAACAAUUAGUCCUCUGCAAACAAGGGAACACUUACUAGCAGUACUUGAAGACUUGUGAGUUGGAAUUGCAUGUUACUUGAAAGAUCUUAUUAAGCUAAAUUUUGGUGCACAGCAGUUGUACAUGAUUUCAUGUUUAUGUAGCAAAAUGCAUUGAAAUGUAUUAGUAUUGAAGCAUACAUGUAAAGAUAGUUGUGGAAAUUGUUAUAUUUUCCUUGUGUGUCUCAUUUGUUUAGAGCAUAAAGUUUUUUUUUAAAUUGUUCUAACUGAAUAAGGCUAAAUGAAUACUGUAAUUGAAAAUAUAUUUUAAAUCUUUGUCAUGAGUUUUUUAAAAAACUAUUGCAAAUUGUAUCAUUCCUGAUUACACAGAACUUUGUGGGUGGUUUUAAAUAAAUUUUAUACUUCUAUUUUG